ACUGUGACAUGGACCCAAACGCCGCCGUCCAGAAGCUGCUAUCCCAAGGUUCUGAUUGCUCCUCCUUUUCUGAUUGGGUUGUUUCUUCCGUGCUCGGUGAAUUGUGUGGCGGAGGAAAUUUAAUGUGGCUAGGGUUUUUGUUGUGGUUUUAAUUUGUGCUUCCUCUCUGCUUAUUUUUUUUUUUAACUUUCUUUCUUUUAAUUUUAGGGUUCCAGACCAGAAAGUAAAGUGUCUUGUUGAUUCUAAGUUGUUUGAUAGUGCAUUGAUUAUUCAAUAUCGUUGAUUAGGAUUUCUUGUGGUCGGAAUCUGUUUCUGUUGUGUUCCCCUGUGAUGCAUCCAACUAAGGAGCAGCCAAGGGUUCAUAACGAUUCUUGCCCCGCAGGAAUGGCUCUAUUUGUGGUCUGAGAAACUGAAAUGCAACAUACUGAGCAGUGGAGUCUUGUUACAAUCUUAAUGCAGCUUUGUCUGGUGGAUUCUUUUUAUAGCUUUGUUGUUCUUUAGGCGUCCGAAAUGCCUUCAGGUGUAGUGGGGGAGUCCAUAGGCGCAGAGGUUAAGUUUUUCGUUAGUUCAAUCUCAGCUCUCGACUUGUAUUUCCUUCUUCCAUCGAUAUUUUUCGUGAGGUGAAAAGCAAACGUGAAAGAAGAAAAGAGAUGAAGGACACACAGGACUUAAAGAGCCGGGACAACAGUAGUCAUCUUGAAGCUAGAGUUAAUGCUCACCGUAGUAUAGGAGAGGUUCAAUCACAAGCCAGCUAUAAUGAGCUUGGUAAAGCUUCAUACAGGAGAGAUAAUGGGUCCGCAAGUCCUGUCUUACCUUCAUCUUCUUUGACAUAUGAAGUGAAAACUCCUGUGGACCGGCCUUCACCUCAUAGUGAUUCAUUUGAAGAUAAGAGCGCUAGUAAGAACAUAAGGCUUGUUGAUUCAUCUGCACAAAGUCCUCUAGCUUCUCAAUCCGAUUGGCCAGGAGGUUCAUCCGGACAUGUUUCCAAGGCCGACAUUGUUAGGGUGCGAGGGCCUCAAACAAAGGAAAUAGACCAAAAUGCGCAAUAUUCACUCCCUCUAAAUGGUUCAGAGGGUACUCGUAAAUCUGUUACACUUUCAAGUGAGAAUGGGCUUGAUUAUGCGCGACCUUUGAUGGAGCGGAGAACUGGUCAUACGUCUACCUUUAAUUCUUCCAGUUCUUCUGGGCUGGAUAGAUUUUCUACCCAGUGUUACACACAUAACAGCGGAUCUAUAAUAUUUGCAGAUAGCUCAUUAAAUGCAGGCAAAGCAGCGGAGGACGAGGCUCUCAAGCAUCUUGGCACUGAUUUUGUCAAAUCAGUUCCUGUUUCUGUUACCAGUGGAAGGAGAGCUCAUUUAGCAUCUAUAAGCAGUUCGCUUGAAAUAUUACAGAGUGCCGAGGGCUUGCAGCAGCUGAGUUUGGAGGAGAAGCCUGCAGAGGUUACAUCAGAGAACAAACAUGGCGUGGUGUUUCCAAACUAUAUGCAAGCUUUUGCUGCCGACUGCUCACAUUUGAGCUUUGGAACAUAUAAAUCUAUGGUGCAACCUUCGAUGUCUGUGCCUGCAAUGUCUGAUUCAGUGAGGAGCAACUCAUUUGCAGCUACAGAUAGUUCACCUUCUGUGAAUUUAGGGUUCCCUGGUGAUUCGUUGAGUCCUGAUCAUCUUGAGUCUAUGAGGAAUGUUUCCCAGUUGGCUGAUGGUGCUACAAACCGUAGCUUUCCAUCACAUUUACAUCCAGAGUCGAUACAGGGGAGUAUUCCUGGAGCUUCUCAGCAAGAUGAAUAUUUCUCUCAGUUGUCUAUGCACGAUUCUAGUUCUAAGAAAUUCCUAGACCACAGUACUUCAUCAUCUAUUAUGAUGCAUCCAAAUGCUCUGAGUGCUCCUACCCUCCAUCAAGAACUGGUUAUCUUCUCUUAACUCUAUGCUGCUUAUCUUGUUGUGCAACACAGCAAAAACCCUCCUAGCAAGCAUAAAUAUUUUUGGAACUAAGCUGUGCAUGCAUCGGUGGCUAGACUUAUUGCUAGGAUUUGGACCCUAAAAUGUGGAUGACGAAAUGGAAAAAGGUCCUUGUUUUGUCAUUAUCUCCAAUUUGUAUGUGAUGGUUUAUGCUUGUAAUGCUUCUUUCUCCCCUCCUGUUAGAUGAAUUCCUUUGGAUCUGCUUUCCCAGCUCGGCUUUAGUUUACUGGCAUUUCCAUAGUUGAUCAAUAUUUUCUGAUUGGCUGUUCUCUUGGUCCUUCUCUGUCUUUUGUUAUCUGUUGUUGCUCUUGAUGUGCUUACGAGCUGAAGCUUGUACUUGUUUGAUUUUGGUCGCUUAAGCUUGAAAGGUCAUCUUGUCGAGGCCACUCUGGGAUAUUUAAUCUUGAUUCUAGACAUCUUCUUGCAGUGUAUGAAUUCCAAGACCUUGCCUAUUGAGUUUUUGGCUGCUAAUGUGGAAUCUGCGAGAAACUUUGAUGACCUGCUUUCAGCAUUUGGCUCAACCCAUCAAAUCCCCACUUCACACUAUGGAAGUAUUCCACCAUCAACUGGUAGUUCAUCCAUUUUGAUUCCGGAGAUUCUGAACUCUACUGCCUAUGGCUUACCAACAUCUUAUUCACAGGAGUUUCCUGGCAGUAAUCUUCUCAGGGAGCCUGCACUGUUGCAGCAUGUAACAUCACAACCGUUCUCCCAGCCUGCUCUGAGCUUGGAAGAAGUGGCAAAGUUGACUGGAUAUCCAGCUCUCUCUCCAAAUUAUGUUCACAGUUCCUCAUUCUCUUUGCAGCAGCAUGCAUAUGAAGAGACUUCAUUCCUUAAUUUGGCAAGGAUAAAGAACCUCAAUCAGUUCAAGGGGGAUGGUUCUCGGAGUAACUUUCCUCAGCCGGAUGCUGCUGAUGUUUCUGGUUAUGCUGGAUUUGGGAGGCAGUCCAACUAUAGAGGGAAGUUUCCUCGUGAUUUAUCCUCCAAUCUUUCUGCUUCUGCUGUCGGAUAUGGUGAUACUUUGCGUUCUUCAUUUACUGGUGGAAACAAUUUAUCCUCGCUCCAACAGAAUGACAUUUCUUCUCCAUGGGAGUAUGGGCCAGAUAAAGCAACUUUAUCAGCCAUUCCAGACAACCAGUAUCACAGUUUACACGGAUAUAGUCAAUUUCUUCCAAGAUAUAAUAAGCAAGACCAGCAGCAGCAUUCCCACGAUUAUGGUGCUCUUGGAUAUGGCAGCUCAUAUCCUUCUCAAGGAAGGACAGUCCAAGAACAAUGGAUCGGCGCUGGUAGUGUUAAUAGUUUCCCAGAUCCUUCAUCCAAGCAGCAAAAAAUUUGGGGACAAAAUUACUGAUUGGUGUUAAAGCCUUUUUUCCGUGGGCUAUUGUUAUUUUGUAGGGAUUUUGAUAGAGGGUAUAGGUGUCUUAGAUUUAAAGUUUUCAGAUGGUUCAGGGGUUCAGCUCCCUAUCCCAUUGUACAUACUGGAAGUAAUGUUUUGUGGUUAUAUUUAGGCAGCAAUAUUGUACUCCAUCUAAUUUCAUAUACCGCAUUCGCGUCUCAGAUCCAUAGAUCUUUUUGUGAGUUAUAAUGCCCUGCCUUGCCUGCACUUGCAUUUUCAUUUUCUUAGUCAGAUGUUUUCCUGGUGGAAAACCAUUUGCCCAAGUAAUACUUUGCAGGUUCAGAGCUCGAGGAAUCAGCCGUUCAUUGAUCCUGUAAUGGAUUUUGCAAGCUCAACUAUGACGGGACCAACCAUUACUGGACAAUCUGCUACUUAAACUGUGGGUUGCUGUUGGAUGUAGUUCAUGCAAAAACUUCCUUCUUUUAUGAAUGGCCGGAGGAGGGCAGAUCAAAACACUCCUUGUUUAGGAGGGUACAAAAGCACAAUGGACUGCUGCACCCAUGUUUCUGACCAAAAUCAUCACAGGCUGAGCAUUGAGGCUGCAAGCUUUGGAUCCCCCAAGCUGCCCAAGGCCGUAGCCCCGGUUUCAGUUUCGCCUGCACCGGAAGGCGAAUGUGUCAGGCGCCCUAGGGGAAGGCCAGCUGGCGCGAAGAACAAGCCGAAACCACCAAUCAUCGUCACUCGAGACAGCGCCAAUGCCCUUCGUGCCCACGCAAUGGAGGUAAGCUCUGGCUGCGAUGUUAGUGAGAGCCUAGUCAUCUAUGCGAGAAGGAAGCAGCGUGGGAUAUGCGUCCUUAGCGGGAGUGGGUACGUGACCAAUGUUACGCUGCGCCAACCGACCUCAUCUGGAGCCAUAGUGACCCUCCAUGGCCGGUUCGAGAUUCUUUCUCUGCUGGGGUCGAUCCUGCCACCUCCAGCACCUUCGGGGAUCACGGGGCUGACCAUCUACUUAGCCGGGGCCCAAGGCCAGGUGGUUGGUGGUGGAGUGGUCGGGGCGCUGAUAGCUUCUGGUCCUGUGGUGGUGAUGGCAGCAUCAUUCAUGAAUGCGACCUUUGAUCGGUUGCCUUUGGAUGAGGAUGAGAUUGCUGCAGCUGUUGUGCAGCAGAAUCAGCAUUACCAGAAUGGGCGUCGCCACCAUCACCUCGAUAUUUCGGAUGUGUGCGGCGGAGUGCCCCAGAACUUGCUGGCUAAUGGCCCAACGAACCCUACCGAGAUUUACUCCUGGGCUGCCGGUCGAGCCAUCUCCAAGUCCUAGCUAGCAUAUUCCGCGUAUGCUUUUUAGAUGUACGCCAUGCUCCUCGUACUGAGCCUAAUGAUUUGUUUUUUGUUGCUUUUGAAAUGUAUGCUAUGCUGCCUAUGCAGUGCACCACACGUAAACUAAGACAUGGAACACAAGAAGUUAAACG